AUGUCUCAAUCUUCAGAAUCUUCCUCUCCCAAGAAGAUGUCCCCCAUCGCUGCUCCUGAAUCCGUUCCAAGAAUUGAACCUAUCAACCUUAAUGAAGUUCUUUAUGUUUCUCUAUUGAAGAUGGUGACUGCUGAUGAUCUUUCUAUGAAGAAGACUCACACCCACAUGCAAGAAGACUCAAAGAAAUUUUUUGUGCAUAAGGUUCCUGGGAUAUCCGUCCCUCUGCAAUAUGUGAUUUAUGAGCCUCAUCGAAACCCUGAACCCAAUGCUGGACCUAGGGAAGAUAUCAUAGGGAAGUCUACUAAUGAUGAUGAUGACCACAUGUCUGGUGGUGAUGCCCACAUGGCUGAUGAUUAUGUACACACCCCUAAUGCUGAUGUACAAAUGGCUGAGGAGGAAGAGAAUGAUGAUGAUGUUCAAAAAGAUGAAGAUAAUACUGAUGUUACUCAGGAUGUCAAUGACAAUACUGAGGCUGGACCUGAAGCUGUUGCAGGUACAAAUGUUGUUAAUCUUGAUGAUAUGUCUGACAGUGAUUUGGUUGCUAAUGUGAACCCUAGCAUAGAAAAACGUCUCAUGACAAGGAAAGGGAAGAAGAGGAAAACAAUUCCAAAAAGCACUUCUACAUGUCCCAUUAAGAGUAAAGCUGUAUCUAAAAGUGCUGCUGUUGACCCCACCAAAUCUUGGAGCAAGGUUGUCCCCAAGAAAAGGAAGGCUAAAGUCAUUACUGACUCUGACUCAGAUGUAGUUGCUGAUGUCCAAGACAUUCCUUUAAGGAAGAAGCCAACAACUAGCAAGCUUGCUGCUAGUGUGCCUGAGGUACCUAUUGAUAAUAUCUCCUUUCAUUAUCCUUCUAGUGUCAACAGGUGGAAAUAUGUCUACCAGAAGAGGUUGGCCUUGGAAAUGGAGUUGGCUCAAAAUGCUCUUGAGAGUAAGGAAAUCAUGGACCUGAUACAUGAAGCUGGGCUGAUGAAGACUGUUACUCAUUUCUCUAAGUGCUAUGAAAUGCUGGUGAAGGAGUUCAUUGUGAAUCUAUCAGAAGACUGUGCUGAUAGAAAGUUAAAGGAUUUUAGAAAAGUGUAUGUGAGAGGAAAGUGUGUCACAUUCUCCUCAAUUGUUAUCAACAAUUAUCUAGGAAGAUCUGAUGAGGCUCAACCUGAGCUGGAGGUAUCUAAUAACAAGGUGUGUCAAGUGAUCACUGCAAAAUAG